AUGGAUUACAUGCCCGCUAUCGGUGACAUUGAUGCAAUGAUUAAAAUCCCGCGUCCAGAUGAGGUUGAAGACAACAUUGGCAUCACCCAACUUGACGAGCCUGCAAUUCAGCAAACUGAUCCAACAAUUCUGGCUAUGCAGUUACGACGAACAAAUAGGGAUAUUACAACUCAAGGUGAUACUCCCGUGAGACGUCUGGAACGAGCUGACAAGUCCACUCAUGAGAUCGACAAAUGGAUUAGCAACAUCAAGGAGCUCCACCGAUCGAGACCUCCUCAAUCGACGCUACAACUUGGCUAUCACAUGCCAGACGUAGAAAGUCUCAUGCAAGAGUUUCACCCACUCUUCGAACAGUCGCUUGAAGGUGUAAAGCUGCCUACUGCUGAACUGGACGUCGAUCUUGAAGAAUACGCUGAUAUAUGCCUUGGACUCCUCGACAUACCUAUAAGUGGAGGACGGAUUCAAUCUCUUCACUGCUUGUUCUCACUGUACAGAGAGUUCAAAAAUUCGCAACACUUCAAAAAUCUUGCUCAGAAUGCGAACAAAAAGCGGGAGAAUAUUGAUCGAAUGGAGUUAUAA